AAAUUACAAAACGAAAAGGAAACAGAAAGAGAAGACUCAAUAAAAGUCUCCAUGACUAACCAGAGACACACAGACCUUCCAGGUUAUACAACGCCCCAGUGUACCACUGUAAACCAACAUCCCGGAAUGAUGGAGCGACAGUACUCACACCCUGCUAACAGUUCUGACCCUACUCGGGUUUACAAAACCCUCGAUGCCGAAUCCAGUAAGGCUUUAGCAACAUUCUUCAGAGAAGGAUGUUUUACGGAUCGAGGUUGCAUUAAUUCCAAAAAUGUGGACAGAUUUUUAGCCAUUUCGAGAUCGCUUCAUCACAAACAACUUCAAACAGAAUGUGAAAUAUUUAUUAGAAACAAUAAGUUAUGCCGGCGAUUAAGUCUGGAGCCAAGACGUCAGAACGAAGCUGCCCGCUACCAGUUACUAUUUACCAAAAAUGAAACAGACAGGAGCUCUCUUGGCAUUCACUUGUAUGAUUGUAGAAGCAAUUUUCAGAAGACAUGCCGGUUGCCUGAACUAUCAGGUGUCGGGUCAGGAUUUGCUGUGUGUUCUUUACAAAACAAUAACCACGACGCGCCUCACGUGUAUCUGUCAGGAGGAGGGAAAAAUUCAAGAGACGUGUAUCAUUGUGACAUUGUGAUGAACAAAAUAAAGAAGUGUUCAAAACGUCUAGUGAAGGGUAGAUCUCACCACUGUAUGACAUGUGUUCAGAACAAACUAUAUGUGUUAGGAGGACAGUGUAACCAAGAAGAAACGACUCGAACAGUGGAAGAGUUCGACCCAAAACGCCAUUCAUGGAAAAUAGUUGGAAACCUGGAAAUUGGCGUUCAUAGUGCCACAACUGUAGCCCAUGAAAAUAAUAUCUACGUGCUCGGCGGAAUAUCAGACAAUGGGAAAGAGACAGCGGUUGUUCAAAUGUUUGAGCCAAACACAAAAUCAUGUAAAAUUUUAGCAAGCCUUCCAUUCGCUGUAUCAAGGGCACAGGCUGUUGUUUUUCAGAAGAACAUUUUUGUCGCAUGCAGUGAUGGACGUCUCAUCUCGUAUGAUCCAAAAUCCCAACACGAGAUCUGUACAAACAUGCCUGUUUGCUGUUCAAACUUUGCAAUGUUUGCCGAGAAAGAAGGUAUCUUCUUUGCUGGCGGAAAAACACGCAACGAAGACAAUGCUCUGAAAACUGUGUACGUGUAUUCUCCAGAAAACUGCACGUGGCACGUGACUGAUAAGGACCUUUCUGUGUCUCUGUCUUUGUACGGUUCCUGUUCCGUAGAAAUCCCUUCAGAAUAUGGAUUUGUUCCGUUUGGAUGAAAUGUUUUUAAACAAAAUAUUUAGAAAUCAAGUAAAUUGUGCAAUAUUGGUAACAAAAAAGAUCUUACAAAUUACGUGUUUCAUGCAUAAUAAUAUAUAAAAGUUACUAGGUGCGAGGAAU